GGUUACAUAAUAAUACUAUUUAGCAUUAUAGUGAUAAGAAAAUGAAUGUUGUUUAAUAUUUUGCUUUUUCCUAAUUUAAGAUGAGUCAGUCAGAUCUUUCAAGCGAACUCAGAGAACUUUUAGUUAAUUUAAAAUGGGCUAACACUCUUGUGAAUCAGUUGAAAAAAUCGUUACCUGAAUUUCAAAAUAAAAAUUUUAAAAGCAUUUUAAAAAUAGCAGAAGAAGCAAACUCAUGUAUAAAUGUUUUUUGCACAACUAUUGACACCGUUCUCAAUUCAAAUAAGUCUUGCAGUGAUGAAGAUAUUGUAAAACCAAAUAAAAAUAAUAUUGAGAAUGAAGAUGAGUAUAGUACAGAUGUUUCUGAAAGCAUGAUUAAUGAUGAUGAAGAUAAAUUGUCACACCCAUCAUCAGACGAACUAAAUUUGCUACUUGCAGACCUUCCAAAUUAUGAUGAUCAAACAGAUGUAAUUCAUUCUGAAAUUAAUCAACUAGGAAACUGUGUUAAAGCUACACAACAGUUAAAAAAUGAGCAAAUAGAAAUAAAAACAAAAGAAAAGGAUUUAGUUGAUUUCGCCAAAUUUGAUGAUGAAGGUGAUCUUGAUAACACAUUUGCUUCGAUAGAAUUGGAAUGUGAAAAGGUAAUAAGUAAAGCCGCAGAAGAAGAUGUUAAAGAAACAUUGGAUGAUUGUGAGCCUCCUACAAAAGAGCAUAUUAAUAUUUUAAAAGAGUACUUUGGAUUUUCAAAGUUUAGACCAAUGCAAUGGAAAAUAAUACGUUCUGUAAUCUAUGAUAAACAAGAUAAUUGUGUUGUCAUGGCAACAGGUUCUGGUAAAAGUUUAUGUUACCAGUUUCCACCUGUCUUCACACAUGGAGUGGCAAUUGUUGUUUCACCACUGAUAUCUUUAAUGGAGGACCAAGUCCAAGCAUUAAAUGUUGCUAAUAUAAAUGCUUGUUAUUUGGGAAGUGCACAAACUGACUCGAAGGUUCUAAGCAAAGUUUUUGAUGGUUAUUAUCGGUUAGUUUAUGUCACACCAGAGUAUAUAACUAAUUCAGAAUCAUUUUUAAAAGACCUUGAUAAGAAGCUUGGUUUAACAUUAGUAGCAAUAGAUGAAGCCCACUGUGUUUCACAAUGGGGGCAUGACUUUAGGCUGUCUUAUCGAAAGUUACAUUUAAUAAGAAAACUCAUCCCAUCUGUUCCAAUCAUUGCUUUAACUGCCACGGCUACACCCCUUGUGCGUAAUGAUAUUUGUAAUAAUUUAUUAAUGCGGAAAGCUAUUAUCAGAUGCACUGGUUUUGACAGAAAGAAUUUGUACUUAGAGGUAAGAAAUAAAGUGAGUGCACAUCAUGAUUUAACCAGUUUAAUGAUAGAAGAAAAUCUCAACGGAGUAAGAAAAUACAGGUUUUGUGGUACCACAAUAGUUUAUUGUCCAACAAAAAAAAAAGUUGAAGAAAUAGCUAAUACAUUAAUUGGAUUUGGACUCACAUGUGAACCUUACCAUGCUGGAUUAACACUUCCUCAAAGAAAAAAAACACAUAAUAAAUUUAUUAGAGAUGAGCUAGAUUGUAUUGUAGCAACAGUGGCAUUUGGCAUGGGUAUUGACAAACCUGAUAUUAGGAUGGUAAUACAUUAUGGUGCACCACGGGAUAUAGAGUCAUAUUAUCAAGAGAUUGGAAGAGCAGGGAGAGAUGGGCAACCUAGCUUUUGUUAUGCAUUUUAUAAUUGCGCUGACUUUGCAAUUAAUAGGUAUUUUUUGGCAGAGGUUACUGAUCCAAAAUUUAAAGAGUAUAAAAAUGAAAUGAUCACAAAAAUGGAGCAAUAUCUAAUGACUUCUUCUUGUAGAAGAGAUGCCAUUCUUGCACAUUUUGAUCCAUCAAUCAAAAAUUCUGGAGGACAUAAAGACUGUUGUGACAACUGCCGCAAUAGAAUUCUCAAUCCAAAUUGUUUUACAUCAAAAAUUCUUAAAGGUGCAACAGAUGUAAAUGUUGGAGUUGAUGUUAAGAUUUUGUUAAAAGCAAUUCAAGUGACUGGAGAUGGAAUGUAUGGCUUGAAUGUUCCAAUAUUACUUAUUCGAGGAUCGCUUAGCCAAAAAUUACCAGCAAAAUUUUCUAAAUUGAAAGAACAUGGAGCUGGAAAGAAUAAAUCAGAAAAGUAUUGGAAGUCACUUGGUCAUCAAAUACUAAACAUGGGAUUACUUAAAGAAAAACCUGUAGAUUUUGGAUUUGGUUCUACUAUAUGUAUGACAGCUAAAGCAAAACAAUGGCUUCAAGAAAACUUAUGUACUGAAGAGCCACAAUUUAAAAUAAGUGACCCGACUAAAGAUCUUCUUGAUGAAAUUCAACGAGCUCUACCUCCUGACAAAUCUGACCCAGCAAGAAUAACAGUUGUAACAAAAACUCUUCCAACUACUCCCGUGGAAACACCAUUCUCUGGAGACUGUGAAUCUUUACUUAAAUUAUUGACAAAACUUAAAUUUGAUGACAACAAAACUGUGGAAAACAAUGAAUCUUUUGAUAAUGAAUUGCAUGGGCGGCUGCUUAAUAUUAGACGUCAACUUGCAAAUAAAUUAGAUAUUGCACCAUAUAUGAUUGCUACAAAUAAGAACUUGCAGGACAUUAUAAAAUUUAGACCAAGUUGUAAAUCUUCUUUGCUAACAAUUGAUGGGAUAUCUGAGCAUUUAUGUCAAAGAAUUGGUGAUGCUUUUAUAAAAGAAAUUGAAGAGUUUUGUAGAGAAAAAAACUUAAGUCUUGAUAACAUGCCAAACAAACCUGUUAAUGAAAAUAGCUCCAUUACGUUAAAAAAUCUUACUUUAACUCGUGGCGAUGGUUACAAAAAACCAUUAUCAGGUACUCAAUUAGAAUCUUACGAAUUGUAUCAAGAACAGAAGAGUUCUGUUAGUGAGGUAGCUAAGCAAAGAUCACUUCUUGAAGAUACCAUUUAUGGACAUCUUUCGGCUGCUUUGGUUUCUGGGAAAUCUAUAGAUUUUAACAGAUUAGAAAUAUCUGAACAUGAAAUAGCAAAGGUUGUUCAAGUUAUUAGGUCAAAAGAAAUUAAUUCAGAUAUAAGACGGUUACAUCCCAUAAAGGAUAUGUUACCUGUCGAUAUUGGUUACGGAAAAAUUCGCUUUAUAAUAACCAUGCUUGAGAUUACUUAUGGUGUGACAGAUAACAUGCAAACUCCUGCAAUUAUUGCAAAUAAUUUUGAUUAUGUUCCUAAAGCAAGUAAAGUGGAUGCUUACUUUAAAAAAGAUGAAGCAUCCCCAAAGGUCGAUUGCCAAGUGGCAGGUAAAAGAAAGGUGCCAGAAUGGAUGUCAACAUCGUCAGGUUUAACUUAUAAAAGAACAAGUUGUAAAAAUAAAAAACUAUUUUGAUUUUUUUUGAAUCGUUGUAAAUAUUUUUGGAAAAUAAAAAAAAAUCCCGCCUGUUUUUA